UGUGUGUACGUUUGUGUGUUUGAGUGUGUGAGCGUGUGUGUGUGUGUGUGUGUGAACGGGGUCUGUUUUCAUUUCUGUCACUGCAGAGUUUUUACAUCCCACAUAAAGGAAAAUAAAACAAAUUACUAUUAUGCAACUCAUAUAUAAACACGUAACAAUUACAAUACAAAAUAACAAUUCUAUUCAUUUCCUGGAUUGUUAACAUGUACAGUGGUCACAGCUUCUUAUUUCUGACACUUUGUCUUUUGUAAUGAAUUAGAGCCCAAGUUCUAACGACAACACACCAAACAGGCUCAAACCAGAACAUGCAAAAAAAAGAAGCUUUUCCACAUUUGGAUGGAUGGAUGGAUGGAUGGAUGGAUGGGUGUCUUUUCAACCCAACAUCAAGGCAUGGGACAGAAUACACCUACAACAGCAUCAAAUUCAAAUUCAAAUUGAACAAAGUCAUAUAACCGUGUGAAUAUGUUUUCACAUACAUUUUUAGAUAUCUCUCUUCCACAUUGGUUGCGCAUUAGGUGAAAAAUAUAUUGGCGCCAUCCUCUCCAUCCAGGAGGAUUUGGCCACUGCAGGUUGAAACACUUUGAGGAGACGAAUGUUUUUAUAUUCACAUCAAAGUCACACGAAAAUUGACUUUUUCCUGUGCAACAAUUUGAUCAUUUUUCAAGUGUUUAAGUGUUAUUUACGUUUCAGUAAGCAUCAUUCUGUUAUUAAUAGUUGACACAUUGUAUUUAAAGGGAAACUCUGUGGUCACCAUGACAACAGCAGAAUCCAGAACCUGACCACUUCCUGUUUUCAAAGAACCAAGGUUACACUAGCAUCUGUCACUGUGAUACUGGUGGACUCUAAUAAAAAGUAUAGAGUUCUAAAUGAUGAUGUCAUUGGUGACAUCAUGGUCGGUCAGUGUUGUUUCUUCCUGUUAAGGUGUGAAUCUUAACAUCCACAAAACAUUUUUUUUCCAUUUGCAUUCACUCUCUGAUCUUCGACAGACACCUCUGAAGGAGAGGGGAUGGAAGGGAGAGAAAAGGAGGCCGACACCUCGCUGAGGGGAGGAGGUUGGGCCAGGGUCUGCAGACAUAAUGGACUGAUAAACACCCGUGGCAUGGAGGCAGAGCCUCAUGAGGAUUGGCAGACCAUCUACUCCGCUCCUCAGUAUCAGGGUCAUGUGGUGGCAAACACUGUCGUCCCUGCACCUCCUCAGCUCCUGAACCCCAGUGCUCUCCUCCAGCACCAGACAGCAGCAGUGGCAGACUCCUACCUUAGACCCACUCCCGGCCUCCUUCUGUCCCCAGAGACCGUCCUGCGAGCCUGGGGUGACACGGGGGGAGGAGAAUGCUGCGAGACCACGUUCAUUGAGGGGCUCUGCCCUGACCCCGCCCUGUCCUGCUCCACCACCAAGGAGCUGCUGUACUUCGCUGAUGGGAGGAGUCUGGACUGUUAUGAAGAGGAUGCAAGGAUUCACACAGUGUCGUAUGACAUUGAUGAUGAAGAUGAGUUCCAUGAAAUAGAGAGUGAUUACUCCUCUCAGUCAGACAGUGAUGACACCUUCCUGUUGACACCUCCCAGAGAUCACCUGGGCAUCAGUGUCUUCUCCAUGCUUUGCUGCUUCUGGCCACUUGGCAUCGCUGCAUUCUACCUGUCACACGAGACCAAUAAGGCGGUCUCUAAGGGAGACUUCCACCUGGCCAGCUCCAGCUCUAGGCGAGCUCUGUUCCUGGCUGUGCUGUCAAUCACCAUUGGGACAGGUAUCUAUGUGGGCGUGGCCGUUGCACUCAUCGCCUACCUCUCCAAGAACCAACACUGGUGAAGAGGAAAACUACCCAUCUACCCCUUUGUUCUACACCCUGUUGGCAAAGGAUUUAAGAGAUGAGGUUUUUAGAGGGACGGUUGACACCCCCCCCCACAAAUGCUUGAAACCAAUCAGAGCCCAGGAUGUGUUUGAAGAAACUGUGGAACAGAACUACAAACAGAACUCGGUGGUCUUGGCGUUUUAAUGAAGGACAAAGAUGAGAGUUUGAGUUCAAUCUCAGAGAACCCUUUCAUUCUCCUUUCGACAGUAAAGGCGCUCAGAAAUCAUCUAGUUAUGUCUGAGGAUGUUAGCAGCACUAGAAUUAGCUUAAAGUUAGACCAGUAUUCCCGAGAUUUAAGAUUGUUUCAGUCUGCUGUGAGCAGCAGCAGCAUCAGCAGCAGCAGGACUGGUCUAUUGCACAGACUCACAGCAUUUCAUUUAUCUAAUUCAGUCAACAAGAGCAGAAUGUAUAAAAUAGAUUCCAUUUUCACAACUCAGGCGAACCGAGUUCAUGAAAGGAAGUAGGCGUGACCUGCUGACCACCGCCUGAUUCUGAUUUGUCGGACUGUGACGUUUUAUUUCCUGUAGUUUUUAGGUUAUUUUGCCAAAAAUGUAGUGUUGUGAAGAAGCAGAAUUUUAUCAGUGUAAUAUUUACAUCACACUCACUUUAUUAGCCUGCUAGAGUUGGGGUUCAUCACUGAUGACGAGGUUAAGGGUCAGAACAGGUUUGGAAAGUAGUUGAUUACUAAUAUCAAAGUAAGGCUCAGAAAGGGUCAAAGGUCAUAGGGUUUGGAACAUGGUCAAACAUCAGGACAGGGACGAGAACAUGCUUCUGGUCAGUAUCUCGUCUCAAGAAUAGUUAGAGACACUUGGUCACUUUCGGCAGCUUAUACAAAUUCCAUGGACUGAAGGGCUGCCACAUUUUUGUCAACACAAAGACAGGAUUGUGAUGACGUCAUCAACAUCUCUGACGAUGUUGCUGACACCCGGAUAAGACUGUGAUGAUGAUCAUCCACGUCUGUUCUCUCCACAAGCCAAACUAAGAGAAAUCUUCAGUUUUUUUUAAAGACUGCUGUAGAACAAAGAGACGCAUGUCCACACCACAGGACGUCCACCAAGUCACAACAAUAAACACCUGUGACCAUAGGGAUGAGGUCACGGAAAUGACAUCACAAAGUUGUGACGAAACUCUCUCAUCUUAAAGAACACAAGACUAAUGACACACUGCAAAUCCUCAGAGUCUCAUAUUCCUGUUACAGAGGUGUAUGUGAAGUGAAGUAAUGAGAGAAAUCUGCAGCACACAGGAAGAAAUCAGGAUUAAAAAAAUAGUCCAUUUUAUUCUAAUGACAUAAGUUCAUUAUAAAAAGAACGUUAAUUCUAAUUUUAAAAUAUUUUUUCUUGUAUUGUUUUGUGAAUAUUUGAUGAGUUUAUUUACUGUUUUGAGCCUGUUUUAUUGUGUGUAUUUCUGAAAACUAUUUGAUUUGUGUUAUGAAUAUUGGUUGUUGAUUCCCUGUGGGGUUU